CUGCGUUGCGCGCAUUGAAUUCGCAUUGAGAGCGGACUCGUGAGCUCAGUUGAACGCGAUCUGUGGAAGAAAUUACACCUAACGCUCGAGCAUCUCUCAAAAUAAUCAAGAUUGUAACUCAAGUUCUACUUUUAAAAGUUGGUGGUGUGACCCGUGACGAGUGCAAACGGGCGCGACUGUGAAGAACCCAGGGAACGUGGAUUGGAUUUUUUAUUUGGCGGAUAUUGCACAAAGUGACGAUCAUCACCAUCGCCAGAGAAUUAAAAAGUAAACAGACUAAUUAACUGAUAAAUAAAAAUAAUUCUCUAAUGAAUUUAAAUUCAUUAGUGCUUAAAUCCCAGUGAUUCAGUUGUCGUUUUUUCUACAUAACGAAGAAAAUCGCAAUAGUCGAGAAAUAUAUCGAAGAAAAGUUAAUUUAUUUUUGCUAAAGUGCGGGAGUGUUAGUGAUUUCUUGGGACUCUUUUGAUGGAGUUUUCUCUGGAGAGUGUCAAUCGACGGGAAACUUGUUCAAUAUGUCACAUUAUCAAGAGCGAUUAAAAAUACUCAAUGAUCCUCAUAUAAAGUUGGACAAACAGCAAUUGAAGGUAAAGUUGUUGAUAGUGGCGGGAAUUUAGCGCGUCUGUAUUGAACACUGAGAGAAAACACGGUUACAAAUACCCCCUCGAAGAGGCAAGUGGACCAAGUGAUCAAGUGCUUUGGCCAAGAGACACACCCUUAAGAGGAUUCCUCAAGGACUUUUAGAGACUGUCUAGAGAUUUUUUUUUAUUAUUAUUUUUUUUCAAUUUCUUGUUCGAAAAAGAAAACCUCAAGAUGGCAAAUUCGCUGAAAUCUUUGUGGUUUUUCAUAUUUUGUGCCAUAACUUCAAUUCAAUGGCGAGAAAUUCCGCACAUUGUGGACGCCAGAAGGGCCCAUCUCAUUGAUGACGACGGACCAAGGAGGACUCAUCGUCCUGCUGAAUGCCAAUUUGGGAAGCAACUGAAAGAGCUAGGAUCGUCGUGGUUUCCGGAUUUGGGUCCACCAUUUGGGGUCAUGUACUGCUUCCGAUGCGAAUGUGUGGCGGUUCAGAAGAAGCGCCGAAUCGUUGCCAAAGUGGAAUGUCGCAGCAUGAAGUAUGACUGUCCAAAAGUCACAUGCGAUGACCCAGUUAUACUCCCUGGAAAAUGCUGCAAGACAUGUCCCGGAGACAAUGCGAGUAUCAUCCAAGAUGUUCCACCGCCAACAAUUGCUAACGAAGAUGAGCGCAACAUAAAAGAAUUUGGUACUCUUCUCACGGCACGAACAUCCCAAAUCCUGAAGCGGGAAGAAAUGAAGUCCAUGUACUCCAUCAACAAUCCCCAAAAUAUCGUGGCAACAGGUCGAUUUUCGUUGCACAAGAAGAAUCUCUAUUAUUCGUUCUACGUGUCGGAGAAGGCGACACGCCCACGUGCCAUUCAAUUCAUGGAUGCAACUGGAAACAUCCUAGAAGAACACAACCUGACUAUUCCCACAAAUGGACCUUUCAGUAUCUAUCAGAACACCACCGGAAAACUCUGUGGAGUAUGGCGUCGUGUUCCCAGAGACUACAGAAAGCUUCUAAAGGAAGAUCAAAUAAUUGUAGCUAUUCUCUGGGGAGACAAGUAUCAAGCCGAAUUAGCACUAGCUGGAAGGAUUGAAAAGUACCCAGCACUUCAGUCUGAGAUUCUUAGUUCACUACUAGAACCAGCUCCAGGAACUAGUCCUGAACAAAUGGCUGGAGCUGGAGGAACGGCCAUUGUUUCAGCUGUGGGAGGUACUGCAUCAUCUGUUCACAUAACUCUUGUUGUCAAUGGAGUAUUCAACCCAGAUGAGAUUUUGGAUGUGCCAUUGAAUAUCCGGCUCGAAGCUCACGAUAAGAAACAGAUCAUUCUGGAGGACAUCCAGAAGGUGAAGAAACCAGCUCAUGCUGUUAAUGUUAUUGAGAUCUCAUCUCCAGUGUCUACGAGUGAUCUUCGACUUCUGGCUCGAGGGAAACUUUUUGUUACUGUUGAAUCCAGGAGAAACCCUGAAAGCCUAAGACUGCAGGGACAAGUGGUAUCCAGGGUAUCUUGCGAAAUUUUCCAGACAGUUAUUUCGUCUCACAACCCAGAUUCUCAACAGCGAACGAAUGGACUGGCAUGGAUCUACCUCAAUCGAGAUGGUGGAUUGGUUUACAAUUUGGAAGUCAAUGAUUUGAAUUACGAAGUCAAUCCUCUUGUAGCGUUGGUUGAUGACAACGGAAAGCGUCGUCUGGAAUUGGAGGAUCUAACACCAACUCUCAAUAGGGUAACCAAUGAGGCUUCAGGAACUAUUGAUAGGUUGGGCCCGAAGGUGCUAGAGCCUCUGUAUAAUGGGGAUUUGUCGGUAAACAUCCUGGCGAAGCCUGAUACAACAAUUGCUCGCGGGAGGUUGGUUGUCAAAGCUGUUGCCGAUGCUAGGGACUCUCCAGCUCCGAUUUUGUUUAAGAAGGUCGAUGAGUUUAGUCCGCCAAAUGUUGCCGGAAUGGCAUGGGUAGCUGUUGAUAGUGCAUGCGAACUUCACUACGACUUAAUGCUUACUGGUUUGCAUUCGUAUCGGCAUCUAGAACUGAUUCUCGAGGAAAAGGCCUUUGAAGUACCGGGAGCGACGAUAACUCGAACCUUCCUUGAAGAGUUUAAUGGGAACUAUCUGGAGGGAUUUAGUCUCGAGAUUCCCGAAUGGCAACUGGCCAAGUUGGAGACAAGUGUCUGCUAUUUGGAAGUGUACUCGAAGGAAUUCUUGCGACCGCUUCUGCGUGCCAAAUUGAAAAAUGUCAAAGUGCCCAGUCGGUGCUUCCCCAAUGACAGUGACAAUGAACUGCCCAUCAUUGCCUCGACAAUGAACGACGUAGGACAUCCGUCGUAUCACGCCCUCGAUACCAAAUGCUAUUCCUCUGGGCAGUUCUAUGAAGAAGGCGAACAGUGGGCGGACAAGCUGCUGGAGUGCACCAUGUGUUCCUGCGUCAACCGCCGUGUCAAGUGCGAGAGUAUCAAAUGUCCGCCGCUGAGGUGCAAACAAGAAGACGUACGACAUCGCAAGGGCGAGUGCUGCCCGAUUUGCUUGGAUGCCAAAACGUUCGAGGAGGUCAGUCUGUCAAAGGUCGAGAGGGGUUGUCAACUGGGGAGUCAAUUCUACCAAGCGGGCUACUCGUGGCAUCCGUACUUGCCGCCGAGUGGCUUCGAUACCUGUGCCAUAUGCACGUGUGAUCCUGUGAGUCUCAAGAUCACAUGCCCUAAAGUUCAAUGUCCGCAGCUUCAGUGCAGCGAAAAGGAUGCCUAUCGACCAGAUAAAAAAUCCUGCUGCAAGAAAUGUCCAGAGAUCCGAGUGGAAACGUAUAGGGAUAAGACCCAUCCUGACCUGUUGAAGGAUCAGGGCUUUACACCAAACAAAACAGCCUCAACGCAGGAAAUCCUGAGCAAUGGAGGUUGCAUUCAUAGUACAACUGUGUACGAAAAUGGGCAGGAGUGGCAUCCUAUAGUCUCUUCUUAUGGCGAAGUCAAGUGUGUAGAUUGCCGGUGCAAGGAUGGCAGUAUUCAAUGCAGCAAGAAGAGAUGCACGCGAUCGGUGUGCAACAAUAGGAUACUGGGCAGAAAUAAAAACAAGGAGAAGAACAUUGUCGAUGAAUGCUGUUCGACACAGUGUCAUCGGAUCAGAGGUCACAAUCACAAUGCCAGGCGAAUGAGGAGAGAACGAAUGCGGGAGCAUCAUAAUCAACAUGCAAAAAGUUGAAGGGAUUGUUCUUCAGCCAAAAACAAAAAAAAAAUCAUCAGUCCAGUAAGAGCAUCAUGAAAGAAAAUUGGAAAAUUCAAUUUCUUUUCACAGAAAAUAAAAGUUGAAAAACCUUCACAUCAAUACGUGUCAUAAUUAUCACAAUCACAAAACACUGUUUGUCCCAAAUAAAUGGUGAUUUAUUAUUUAUUUAGAAAGAUGAACCAAGAGAACAUUUUGUAAGAUUCACAUUUUAUUAUUUUUUUUUCCGUACAAGAAAAACCGCAAAAGAUUUUUCCAUGCAAAUUUUUUGAGAGAAGUGGGAGAAAACAAAAAAAAAGAGCAUAACGUUUCCUUUUAGUGGAAAAAGAACGCUGAGAAAAAUUGUACAACUUUUAAACUAUUAAUUAUUAUUAGGAAUGAAAUGAGAAUUUGAGAAGCGGAACACUUAAAAAAAACACACAAUUAAUUGGAUAGUUUUUUUUAUUCAAUUGCGAGAGUUAAAAUCAACAAAUUGGCUUCGAUUGAGGAUUAGAAAGUGAAGCAAUUAGUGUUUUAAGUUCUGUUGUUACCACGUACCAAAGAAGACUGAAGUGGGUGAUGGAGUAAUUUUUUAAUCAUAGGAAAAAAAUUUCUGAAACCCUUGUCAUUUUACAAAUUUAUCGAGAGAAUAGCAAAACAGAAAAAAAUAAGCAAAAAAAAGCAGAGAAAAAAGGACACGUUUGAAUUGUCUCAUUAGAUUGUUUUGUUUUAUAGGCGAAUAAAAAUUUUAAAAAAUAGAGAAAAACAAAUAUUUACAAAAAAAAAAAAAAUACAAGUCAUAGAAAUGAAGAUAAUCUACUUCAUUGUCGAACUGAAUGCAAAGAAAAGAGUGGUAGAUGAUGGAAAAGUAAAGAGUUUGUCAGCAGCGGAAUAGAAUGAUCGGCACGAUUUUACUUUACUGCAGCAUUUUUUUUCUACAAGGAGGCAGUCCUUGACCACUUGAGUAAGCUCCGCCCAUAAAAAUAUUUAGGUCACGCCCUCUUAAGUAGCUUUUAUUCGAUUUGCAACAUUCAAUAAGUAGAGACCGUAACUUUUCCCUAAUACAUAAUACCUACAAUUGAAUUGUUAGAUAGAAUCUUAAAAACUCAUAUAAGAAGAAAAUAGGCCACGCCCCCUUAAAAACUUUUAUUGAGAGAAAAUUUGUGACUUGGGUAAUAUUGUAAGAGUCAGUUCUUCAACAAUAAUACUAAUGCCUACUUUUUUGAAAGUUGUACGAGAGGGGAAUAGUCAGUCUCAGCCAGAUCAAGGAAGAGGGAAUAUAGCAUUACGCAUGGGCCCAUCCAGCGUAAUAAAAAGUGAAGCUAUUUUUCACUUUUCCUUGUAAAACUUUUGCAGAUAUUGCACCGUGCCUUAAACAAAUUUGCUCGUAGUUCUUGUAUUAUUUCGGCGAGCAUAAUGAAAUAUGUAUUUUUAGAUAGCUUUUAACGCACGAUUUCGAAAUAUAUCGAACAGAUAAGCCAAUUCUCUUUAGGAAAAAACUUGCCAAGAGUCUUCAGUACCUCUAUGCAAAAACGUAUCGACAAAUGAAAUGUUGAGAGGCCCUGCGUUACGAGUUCUGCAAAUAAGACAGUAACAUGUCUCAAAAUUCAGGACCAUAAUAUUGUGGUACUAUGUUCGAUAAAUCUUAAUCUUUCUUAAAAAGUUCCGUCCAAGAAAUUUUUAGGCCCCUCCCCUUUAAAACAAAAAUGAAGAAACUUUUGAAUUUUUAAUAACUACACUGAGAAAAAAGGGGUGCGAUUAACUUUUUUUAAUGUUAAUUUUACACUCUUUAAAGUGUAAAAUUAACAUGAAAAAGGGUAACUUUAACCCAUAAAAAGCAUAAUAUUUACACCGAUUUCGGAUCAAUAAUGCAGGGUGAAAUUAACAUUUCCGGAAUGUUAUUUUAACUUUUUCAAAUUUCUCUCAGUGUACUGUUCCAUGUCAAGUAUUAGUGGCAAAGAUGCUUCAAAAAUUAAUGGAAACAAUAAGUUUGUGAAAAUGCUGACCAAUAAAUUUUAGUAAAAUAACGCCCCCUAGGACACCACGCCUACUUAUGUGCAUUUCAUUCUUUCAAAAGCCACAAUUAGUUACUUUUCCCGUCCAAUUGUUUGAAGUGCACUGAGAAAAAAUGGGGGUGCGAUUAACUUUUUUUCCUCAUAAUUUUAACACUUUUUAGGUGUAAAAAUAUAUCAACAUUUUUUAAUUUUAAUUUUACACCUUUUUAAGGGUAAAAUUAACAAUGAAAAGGGGUAAUUUUAACCCCUAAUACACCUAAAAAGUAUAAUAUUUACACCGAUUUUGGAUCAAUACUGCAGGAGCUGCAGGGUAAAAUAAACAUUUCCGGAAUGUUAUUUUAACUUUUUCUGAUUUCUCUCAGUGUGCUAGAUAAAAUUAUACGCUCUGAAAAAUGUGUUGUGUGAUUGCCAUGAUUUAUUCUUCCUUAAUACACAUUAUAUAAUGAGGGCGUGGUAUAUUUCAAUGCCUAACUGAAGUCUUUAAAAAUUUCUUGUCUUUGAAAUUGUGGUGGCCAUAUUUAACAACCUAUCACAAUAUUUCUCUAAGAGAAACUAGCAAUGAAAAUAAAGAUUUCAAACUUGAUUGCUCAUAAUUUAUAAAAGAGGCGUGGCUUAAAUUGAGCAAUGAUUGAAUAAAUAUCUUAUUCCGGAUACUCCUUUCUAAUUUUCUGGAAAAUAUGGGAUUUUCCCAUGAAAAUAUACAGUACUUUUCUCUAAUAAAAAUGUUCUUUAAAAACUUCUCUUUACUUAAAAUUUCCCCUCGAACAGAAUCGGCCCCCUAGUGGGCGUGGUAUUACUAAAUUAUUUUUAUUCAUCAGUUUCAGCUGUUCUAGGAUGCUGAAUACAAAUUCGGGUUUGUAUUUCAACAUUUAAACGCGCAUGAUUUUUUUUGUUCACAUUUUUUAUUUUAAUUGAAGGCGUGGCUUACUUUUUCCGGGCGAAUCUCUUAGCCUACUUCAUAGACUGCAAAAGCUAGCAUUAUUUUUUGUUAUGAGAAUGUCCUAGAAUUCCCGUAUAUUAAACUUUCUUCUGGCCAUUGAUACGGAAAAGGGCCUGACUUAAAAGUAUUAAUGGGCGGAGCAUAUUCACGGGCAUAAAUACUAUCGCCAUUGAGAAAAAUAAGUCUUAUGGCCUCUACGCACUAGAGAAAUUUAUGUCCAUAUUUCGCAGUUUUUCCUACACAGACGUAGGUAAUUUGCUUCAAUAUGGACAUAAAUUUCUCCAGUGUGUAGAGGCCAUUAAGGCAGCGACAGUAAAGUGAAAAAGUUCCGAAUGACCUCCUGCAUUAUUAUUAUAAUUAUUAUUAUACAUACACUUAAUAUUCUUUACUCUGUUGUAAAAGUAAUAAAUAUUUUCUACGCAAAAUGUAAAACACUUAAUCUUCCCUUUUUUCGACAAGAUAAGGAUACUUCUCUGCGAAAAAAGGUCGUAAUGUUUGACUCUUCUAAAACAAAGAAAGAACAAGAAACACAAACUAAUCUUUGAGCUAUAAACUUUUUAUUUAUCUUAAAAUAUUUUGUAAUUAAUUUAAAGAAAAAAAAUAAACAAAAUGCAAGAAACCUGAGAAUGAUUUGAAAGUGAGAAACAGCAAUUAUGCUUUCGUUAAAUUAAUAAAAGUAAUUUAAAUGAUUUUACAAGAAAUAUUCUCUAUUAUAGGAACAAAUCGCUUAAUAAAUUUUUUUUAGUCUCUAUGAAGCAUAGCAUUAAAGUUUUCACCUUCUCUCCCAAAGCUGUCUCAAAUUCAGCAAAUUUUCCGAGAGAUAAGAGCAAAGAAAAAAAUCUAAACACGCAAAUAUCUAAUACUAAUUAUUUUGAUAUUCAAUAAAUAUGAGCGAGAGAGAGAAAAAAACGUGAGGUGAGUUGAAUAAAAAAACAACAAAAACGUGUAUAAAGGAAGUAAUUGUAAUUCUAAAAUGCAAAUAAUGUAUACAAAGAUUUUUCUUUUCUAAUCUAAGAACACAAAAAAAAAACAAGAGAAAAAAGAGAGAAAUACAAAUUAUACGACAUCUACUUACUUAUGUAUAUUUUACAAAAUAACAUCUUGUAUUAUAAAAAUAAUAAUAAUAAUAAUGGAUUAACCGAGCUUGUUAUAUAAAUAAUACAUUAUACAGAAUGUGGAGAGAACAAGUGAAGAGAAAACAGAAAACUUACAAGUGAAAGAGCAAUCUAAAAUAAAAUACUUAUUUUACCAACCACU